UUGCGCAGCACAACCACUGUUGUCGAUCUGAUUGCCUUCUACUCUUACAUCUCAUCAUUGAUGAAAUCAAACAUCGUUCAUCAUCCCGGUCACUAGAGCCCGGUGUUUAAAAGCUAUCUGGGGUUUACCCCAAAGUGCCGUGAUGUGAAACCUGGUGUUUCACAUACCCAUGCGACGCCAUCUUGGCGUCUCAAAGCCUACGGUUUUAUCUACCGACUAUCUUCAACCUACUUUGUAAACAUCGCUAUUCUCUUUCUCAUCUCAAUUCAAUUGGCGUGGAAAUAUCACAAAUAUCGAUUCAAAAUGAGGAUAACCACUUUACUACUCUCUGCGGGGGCUGUGUCGAAUGCAUGGGCGCAAAGAAUAUUACCAGCAAACGAACCGACGACGGACAGUAUUGCGCUCGACGAGAGCUCGGCCACAGAACAGGUAGCCAUCAACCGAACGGACGCGAACCCGCCCUCUCCUCCCGAGGACGAAGAGCAAGCCGUGCCCAUCUCAGCGGUCCUCUUCGACGGACCCCCCGGACCGAAAGACUGUCGCGGGAACGUGGUUCUGAAUAUCGGCCUCGCGAAACCCGGGGCGCAGCAUUCUACCCCGACGUGCUACAAUGUGCCCGGCGUGGCGCAGUGCGGGAAUUUCGUGGGGAACAAGGACGAUGGGUGCGAGGCGCGGAUCUUUAGCGAGGCGGAUUGCAACGAGUUUGCGAACGUUGCCGUCUUUGUACCCGAGGUCAGGGCCUUCGGGGGUUACGUGCGGAGUGUGGAGAUUACGUGCGGGAUUGUGGGUGUUGCGCCGCCGCCGUUGAAGUUGCCUGGGUUGAAGUUGCCGCCGGGGGCGGUGCAGGCUGUGGGAUAAUAGAUGGGUGGAUGGAUGGAUUGAUUUGAUAUAUGGGAAAAGGGAGGAUCUUGAGUUAUUGGCAUCGCGUUUACUGGAUCUUGUUGAUGAGAGUUGUCGUGGGGGGAAGAAUGGUGAUUUUAAGGUGGUGGAAGUCAGAUAUUCAGAUGCGUUUGGGGGUGGGUAUAUUGAGUUCCUGCGAGGAGAGCCUCAUGCUAACUUGAAAGAAACAGAUCUUCCUCCUUGUUCGUAUUAUAUAUACCCAAAUUUCAAAGGACGGGCGGGAAUGGACUGCUAUACAGAGGUGAUGGAUGAAAUCCCCAGAGUUUUGAAGUAGGCCAUAUAGUACACCUAAUCUAGGAGCAUAAUAUCUUGUACCUCUUUCCUCUCAUACCAGGCCUGCAAGAGGCGGCAAAGACUACCCACCAACAGAGCUUGCCAUUCCAAGCCACUGCGACUCGCCCAAAUAAAGUAAAACAAAGCAGAAUAAAAGCAGGAUCAAGCAGGAUCAAGCAGGAUCAUGGAUGACUUGUUCAGGAUUGUCACCACGUGCUCGCCCUCGAUAUCUGUCCUAGCCUAGAGCAUUCACAUGACUCCCCACACAGAUUCCCAUUAGCCUAACGCAACUGUAAUCCCUUCACGCCUGCCAUACUCCAAGAGAUAGAGAGCUCGAUGCUUACUACAGAUACCUAUCUCAACCAGUGAAUCCAAUCGUGGUUAUAGAUCUUGGUGCAUGCUGCAAGUGAAGUACUUAAGUAGGU